UGCAGUCAACAUGCUCUGUUGACAGAUUCAAAAGUCAAAUUCAUUUUGAACUUCAAUCUACUUGUAUUUUAUUUUCAUUAUUCAAUGCAAUUAAUUCCCAAAAAUGAAUAGCACAAAUAUGCUGUCGGCAAAUAAAGUAAAAUUGCAUGGUAUGACGUCAACAAAAUGGACCACAAAAGAUAAAAUUACCCAAUACAAGGGUUUAAUAAAUUUAUACACUAGGGAUAAGAAAAUAAUUGAGAUGGACAAUGUUAUUGCAAAGAAAAAACAAAUUAAGGAGUUGAAGGCUUUACAGAAGGAUAUAGAAAAUAACAGGAGGGACUUGGAUAAUGCUAUCAGAGGAGACAAGCAAAAACUACGGAAUACGUUAGCCGAACAUCGAGAAAUGCAACUAGCAUUUCAAAACGCCCAGCCACAGAAAGUUAUAGAUAUGGUACAUCAGGUUAAUUUCACAAAGAGGAAAACAAGAGAUCGUUUGAAAUAUAGAAUGAAACUGAAGUCUGAUAAGUUGAUUGAAUUCAAGCUGAAAUAUGCUUUAUAUGAGGACAGACUGAAAUAUGAUGGAUUAACUUGGCAAACAAUGUUACCAUCCGAAAGGCAAGCUCAUUUGAUAACGGGUAAAGUGCAAGAUGCUAUACUAAAAAAAGAAGCUGCAAUAUAUAUUCGGAAUUCAUACAAGGAAAUGAUAGCAAUUAUGAAAAGGGAUGCACUGUAUUUUGAUGCUAUUUUGGUGUCAAUACGCAAUGAUGGAUUGAGCCAGGGAAAAUGUAUGAUAAAAGCUACUAGAAUGGGUCAGUUGGGAACAGAAUACUUGGAUGAUAGAAGGCAAGAAUACCAAUUCCUUGAGACGAUCGUCAAAAAAGAUAUGGUGCGACGCAAGAAGGAUUUGACAGUGGUGUCGGAGAAUGUCAAGAGUUUUUCACAAAAUUUGAAGAAUUUGUUAAGACGUGAUAGUGACAUAAACUUAGGAAUAGUGGAACUAGAAGAAUCUCCUAGUUUUAACUUGUUACAAGGCGAAAUAGAGGCAAUUGAGAAUACACUGAUUAUGCUAAAAGAUGCAAUCUUCACCCCCUCUAUCGAUUCGAUUUACCCUUGCAUUAAAGAGCAACUUCGACAGAAAAAUAGGCUCACAGAAUUUGUCGAGAAAUGCGAAAAAAAUCGGGAAGAUUUGAAGAAAAAGACGGCUCAUGCUGCUAUUAUACACUCAGAACUAGCAAAUACAAUGAUUGAUACCACACACCAAUAUAUUGCAGAAAAACAGCAAUUAGCUAUGAAUACAGAAGAACAAAUUCAGAAAGGAAAACAAAUCCAGAUUUUAAUUGACAAUAGAUAUAACUUACUGGCUAAAGUGAGAAUCUCUUUGAAACAACUACAGUAUUUAUCAAGACUGCUAUAUACAGGACUGGCUGUCAAAUCCGGUAUUACAAUUAUAUCUAAAAAGGGAGAGGAAUUGGUGAAACCAGAUGAAGAUGAGAUCGAUGGUACCAAGAUCAUUCCAGAACUUAUAACAAAACUCUCAAAACUAGUUGCAUACUCUAAAGAAAUAAUUUCUGGUACCACGAUGGAAGAAGGUUUCAAAAUGUUCGAAGCGAUGAUGCACGACAGAAGCAGACCCCUACAUAUUGAUGCAGUUAUAAGCGAAGAAUCGUUAAUUGAAACUGUAUUUCUGGAUUCACACGUAUUGACUCAUGAUGAUAUUAAGAAGCAAAGUGCUGAAAUCGUUGCAGCAAAUUUAGUAACUGAUGAAUUCAAUGUCGCUGCUACUGCGAAGAAAAAAAAGCUUCCAUUAAAAAAAUAAGUUUUGGAAAUAUACAGUGAAUAAUAAUUUAUUGGAAAAUUCAUAAUGA